GCGCGAGCAGUGUUGUUGAAGAUGUCUGUGAAGGGAAGGGAUGCGUCACUGGAUUAGUGACUGAGAAUCUGUCCCAGCCUCUUUCAUCUGAGCCUGCUGAGACGCCUGCAGAAGGGCACGACACUCGCAGCUCGCUUUCCCUCCACCAAGCCUUCCACAUGAUUCACCCAAGCCUUUCGUCGGCACCAGGAUGAAGAAAGACAAGAAAACCCGAGCUUUGUUGCUUCUCCUGCUGCUUCAGUACAGCUGGGGGCAAUCAGAUUAUGCUCCAUAUUUCUUUGAUAAUGGUCCCAGCAGCACAAAUGGGAAUAUGGCCUUGAUCAGCAUUUCUGAGGAUACACCUGUUGGAACACAAAUCUACAUCCUGAAUGGUUCAGAUCCAGAGGGGGAUCCGGUCUCUUAUGGUCUCACCUUUGAAAUGGGCUCCACAGUAUAUUUUAGGGUGGAACCCAAAUCGGGAAACGUGACAUUAAUUCAGGAGCUUGACCGAGAGAAACAAGCUGAGAUCUCGGUGCUUGUGAGCAUAACAGAUGGAAGAAACAAAGUUGUUGAAACAGUCAGAGUGUUUGUCAGUGACGCCAACGAUGAGUCACCAGAAUUUCUAAACCUGCCUUUUAUCAUUGACAUACCUGAGGACACUACUGCAGGAAGUAGCAUCUACAAAGUUCAUGCUGUAGAUAGAGAUCUAGGCUCUGGGGGCAGUGUUUCAUUCUACCUACAGAGUUCCCCGUUUGCCAAGUUCACCAUUGAUGGCCACAGUGGAAUCCUCAGAGUUAAACCCGGCGAGACUUUGGACUAUGAGACCACUUCAACACACUUUUUGACAGUGGUCGCAAAGGAUGGAGGAGGAAAGUACAAAGGGAAGCAACAGGUUUUGACCUCGACAGCUACCGUUACAAUCAAUGUUCUUGACUCGCAAGACAUGCCUCCAUCCUUUGUAGGAACCCCAUAUUUUGGUUACAUCUAUGAAGUCUCAGUUCCUGGUUCUGAAAUAUAUACAGUAUAUGCAAAAGAUGGAGAUCAAGGCAAUCCCAACCCCAUCCAUUAUUCUAUUAUGAAUGGCAGUGAUGGUGUUUUUGACAUUAAUAGCACCAGUGGAUGCAUCACCUUGACAACUCAUCCAUCUUUGUUGAAAAAAGAACUUUAUGAAAUUAAAGUCAAGGCCUCUGAAGUUGGGCUUAACAACCAGCUCCUGGACUUUGACAUUACUACAGUGACGGUCCGAGUGGUGGAUCUUAACAACCAUCCUCCGACCUUCUAUGGAGAAAAUGGACCACAAAGCAAGUUUGAGGUCACUAUGUAUGAGCAUCCACCUGCAGGGGAAAUCCUCAGAGGCUUUAAGAUCACAGUCAAUGACUCUGAUCAGGGAGCAAAUGCCAAAUUCAAACUGAGAUUGGUCGGGCCGAGCCGAGUCCUUCGAGUGGUUCCCCAGACGGUCUUGAAUGAAGCCCAAGUCACUAUUAUUGUUGAAGACACAUCUGGCAUUGACUUUGAAAAAGGACCCACUCUCACUUUUAAGCUGCUGGCAGUGGAGAUCGACACUCCGGAGCGAUUUAGCGCCACGGCUGACAUCGUAAUCAACCUGCUGGACACAAACGACAACAUUCCCACAUUCACAUCUGAGUAUUACAUCGCUAGGGUUCCUGAGAACUCUCCUGGAGGCUCCAGUGUUGUGUCUGUAAUUGCUAAGGACCCAGACUCUGGACCAUGGGGUGAAGUCAAAUACACAAUUUAUGGAUCAGGCUCAGAUUUGUUUUCCAUCAAUCCAACGUCUGGGCUGAUCACCACACAGCCAUGGACCAGCCUGGAUGCAGAGGUCAGAUCCAAGUAUAACUUCUAUGUCAAAGCUGAGGAUUCAGAGGGAAAGUACAGCCUGGCGGAGGUCUUUGUCACCGUCCUCGAUAUGAAUGACCAUUCUCCAGAAUUUGACAAGAGUCUCCUGGAGAAGACCAUGAUUAUUGGCAUGCCUGUCAAAGUCGAGGCAGUGGACGAGGAUGCAGAGUCUCCAAACAAUGUCAUUGAAUACUCCAUCAUGACAGCCGAUCCCGACAACGCGUUUGAUAUUAACGCAGACACAGGCGAAAUCAAGCUAAAGCCUUUCAUCAAGUCCAUGGAGAUCGUGCAGAACAUCACCAAACAGAAGGAAUGCAGGUGGUCUCUGGUGGUCCAGGCUAGAGACAGAGGCUCUCCGUCCUUCAGUACAACGGCGGUGGUCAAUAUCGAUAUCACAGAGGCGGCUCAUCUCAAGGGGCCCAUGGGAGCUUUUUUAAUGAAAAGUAGGGACAAUCCUUUGAGAGCAUUAGGGAUGGUCAUUUUCAUCAUCACUGUACUGGUUGGAGUGACAGCCCUGAUCUCCACGGUCAUGUUCAUGCGCAACACCAAGUCGAACAGGAUUGGGCCUGUACGCCGCAUCAUUAAAAAGCGAGCUAAAGAUCAGCAGCCCUGGAGCUUCAAAAUGCCUGUUAUCAAGUUUACGAACCCGGGAGAGAAGUUUCUAAUCAGUGAUCCAGAAAACAGCCCCUCAAAAGCCAACAGUAGUCCUCGACUGAAGCCUCCACCUCCUAUAGCUCCUUGUCUCCCGCCUCCACCUCCGUCCAGCUCACGGUCAAGUGAGAGGCCCCGGGCAGUCCCAACAAUAUCUGGUGUUCUGGCCUCCAAAGGAUCCAAGAAAGCGAAGUCUGGCCGUCGCAGAGAGGGAAACAUGAGCUCUGCUUUAGUGUCUGAGCUAAAAAUGAAGUUGGAGCAAAAAAUCAAUGAGAACAAUCAAGGUUACUACUAAGAAAAAAACAUUGAUAUAGAUGGUUGUGAAGUUGAUUGGUCAUUUCUUUGUGACUCUGUUGCUGUAAACUCAUCUCAUCUGUGCAUUAUCUGAUGCACAGACCUUGGUUGAGACUAUUCCUGUGCUACAGGUACAACAGGAAGGUUUGCAGACAUGUUUGUCUUAAGUCAAGACUGUAAAAAAUCGGGCUGCAGUGCAUCCUCAAUUGACCCAGUUCAUAUAAAAAGAGAAGAGAUCUGGAGCUGGUGCUGCUACUGCAAAAGAUUCACAGCACUGCCAUCUUGAGGAAGAUUACUUUUUCUUAAUAGUAAGAAAAAGUACCGGGAAAGAAUUACAAAGAUUUAGGAUACGCGCAAAAUGGAUAUACAGUGUUUUCCAUACACAGUAUGAUUUUUUCUCAGUAAAUCCUGAAGAGAAAGACUUUUCUUGUUUACUAAAUGAAGCAGCUUAAAGGACACGGUCAUGUGAGGGGGAAAAAAGCUUAUUAUAAAGUGCUAAAGGACCUGUGUGUUAAUAUUUAACGGUGUUACAACAGCCGCUUCAAAGCUGAGAAGUUGCUCCUUUCUAUAAAUACAAUGUGCCACUAUAGUAACACAAGCAUGCUUAUCUUAAUUUGAAAAACUAGAAAAGAUGCUUCAAUAUAAGUGUACAUGGGUCCAUGUUAUGUGUAUAGCAUUGAUUAAUUUUGAGUAUUAAAAGAAUUGCUUAAAAAUUCCUUUGUGUAGCAGUACAAGAUGCAAACCACCCCAACCAGCUCUCAUCAUGGCAUACAGCUGCAGAAAAUCAGCUGUCUGUAGGAACAUUUUGAACUCACGUGUUAGUAACCCGCUUGGUCCUUACCUUCACGGCUGUAGUAAAACAUGUCAAGUCUGUGUUUAGGGAUCCUCACUCUCCAUGUUACUCUGGAAUGCCUUCAAAUGUAGGCAAAUGCGCUGUGAUGGUGGUAGUAAAUGACUUGUAUUUGAUUGUAUCUUAACUUUAUACAAACUUUAAAGAAGUUCUGUUUGACUAUAUAAGAAUUAAACAUGGAUUAUUCACGCCUGGUCCUUUAACGUUACUUAUUUGUACCGUCUUUGUACCGUCUUUAUUUAAAAUAAAUAUUUGAAAAUAA